AUGUACAGUCUUCGNUUGAAAACACUUCAAUUUAAUGAUAAUCGUUCUGAAUUAUUUCAACAAUUAAAUCAAUGGCAAAAAACCAUGAUUGAGAAUGUUGAAAUAAUGAAAAAAGAAAUUUAUUUAACUCAUGAAGAAUAUAAUCAAGAAUUCAAUAGAAGAAAGAAAAAUCUUUUAAAUAAUGAUAACGAUGAUGAAAAGAAUUUAAAAGAGAUUUUCAAUAAUUUAAAACAAUCUUUAAACACACUUGAAUCUUCUCAUGUAGAAUUAAUUAUCUCAAAACAAAAUUCAACUAUUCAACUUAUUAAACCUAAUUUUAAUUCAUUAUUUUCCAAUUCACAAACUACAAUACGACCUGAUUUAGAUCAAUUUUUAUUACUAUCAAAAAUAGUUUUUACUCUCGAUUAUGAUCCUAUUGAUAUGACACAUUUGACUACUUCUCCAGAAUAUUUAAUUAUUUAUAAAUCAUCUCGUUCAAUAUUUCAAUUAUUAAAUAAUAUUGGUCAACAUCUAUGGGAUAUUAAUUAUAAUUAUAUAAAUUAUGGUGAUCUCAAUCAAUUGGCACGGUCAGCUUAUGCCAACGGAUUUCUUCUUGCUACAUCGAACCAAUUACUGAAACUUAAUUGUACAAUAAAACACAUAUGUGCUGGUGACCAAUCAAUUCUUGUUGUUCAUAAUCUUGGUACAUCAUUAGGUGAUGUUAUUGAACAUAAUUCAAAUAAUCAAAUGAGUCAACGUUGUUGGAAAUCUGAUUUAUAUGCAAAUGAAAUUCAUAUGAAAGAAACAAUGGAAAUAUUUCGUAUUCGAAUAAGUGAUCAUUUAGUUGCUAUUGAUGCUUUAUUUACAGAUAAAAUUCUUAUUUGUGAUAUUUCAUGUAUAAUAAAAUGUCUCUUUCGAGUACACACAAAACAAUAUAGUAUUUUAUCGAUAUCACCAGUCUAUGGUAAGAUUUCAUGA